GAUGGUGCUCGAAGGGCGAUCCAGCGUAUGUGCUCCUUGGAUUCUAUAUAUAACACUGUUUGCCUUUACAGUUAAAAUAAGAAUUUGCUUAAUCUCACUGCAUUUAACUGAACCGACGUCAUUUUUAGGCUGACAGCCUUUUACAGGUGGAAACCCGAAUUUAUCGCGUUUAAUUGCAGUGGGUUGAAAUUUUCGCAUUAGCAGAAAACUGGCAGCAAUGGAGAUUUGUGGUUGAUCCGUUGCCUCUGCGAACUACUGGGCGCCAAGUUUCUACCGACUUGAAGUUUUCUCAGGAUAAAUCUGUUUUCUCUGGAUAAGAGUGGUUUUCAGUCCAGCUUGUCAUGGUGGAUGCAGCUGAAUGCGGUGUUAAAGUGAUGUGCCGAUUCAGGCCAUUGAAUGAAUCGGAAAUCACUAGAGGAGACAAAUUUAUACCGAAAUUUAAGGGGGAAGACACGGUCAUUAUAACGGGCAAACCUUACAUAUUUGACAGCGUUCUUCCUCCUAAUGCAACACAAGAGUUGGUUUACGAUGCCUGUGCUAAACAGAUUGUUAAAGAUGUGCUUGAAGGGUACAAUGGAACCAUAUUUGCCUAUGGACAAACCUCAUCAGGGAAGACGCAUACCAUGGAGGGAAAACUCCAUGACCUGGAACAUAUGGGCAUAAUUCCACGUAUUGCUCAGGACAUCUUUGACCACAUCUACUCCAUGGACGAGAACCUGGAGUUCCACAUCAAGGUGUCUUAUUUUGAGAUUUACUUGGACAAAAUCAGAGACCUAUUGGAUGUGUCCAAGACAAACCUGGCAGUACAUGAAGAUAAGAAUAGGGUACCAUAUGUCAAGGGCUGUACGGAGCGCUUCGUGUCCAGCCCUGAGGAGGUCAUGGACGUUAUUGACGAAGGCAAAGCCAAUCGUCAUGUGGCCGUCACCAACAUGAAUGAGCACAGCUCACGCAGCCACAGCAUUUUCCUGAUCAACAUCAAGCAGGAGAAUGUGGAGACAGAGAAGAAGCUGAGUGGAAAGCUCUACCUGGUGGACCUGGCUGGGAGCGAGAAGGUCAGUAAAACUGGAGCAGAAGGAGCUGUCUUAGAUGAAGCUAAAAAUAUCAAUAAAUCUCUCUCUGCUCUGGGGAAUGUUAUCUCAGCGCUGGCUGAAGGAACUAAGACCCACGUCCCAUACAGGGACAGCAAGAUGACCCGAAUCCUGCAGGACUCACUAGGCGGCAACUGCAGGACCACCAUCAUCAUCUGCUGCUCGCCGUCCGUCUUUAACGAGGCUGAGACCAAGUCCACGCUCAUGUUCGGCCAGAGGGCGAAGACCAUUAAGAACACAGUGUCGGUUAACAUGGAGCUGACGGCCGAGGAGUGGAAGAAGAAGUAUGACAAGGAGAAAGAGAAGAGCCGAGGUCUGAAAAUCAUCAUUCAGCGUCUGGAGAAUGAGCUCAAGCGCUGGAGAAAAGGCGAGACAGUUCCAAUUGAAGAACAGCAUAACAGGAAGGAAUCAAAGAAUGCAGAAGCCACACCCAUAAUAGACACUCUGGCUCCACCUCCCCAGCCUCUUUCUGACCCAGAGAAAACCCAGUAUGAGGAACUGAUCAACAGUCUCUACCAGCAACUAGAUGACAAGGAUGAUGAGAUCAACCAGCAGAGUCAGCUGGCAGAGUCACUGAAACAGCAGAUGGUGGAUCAGGACGAGCUAAUACUGUCAGUGCGGCGGGACUAUGAGAAAGCCCAGGAGGAGGUGGCUCGGCUGCUGCGUGAGCACGAGGCAGCCAAGGAGGAGGUGAAGGAGGUGCUGCAGGCCUUGGAGGAGCUGGCUGUCAACUACGACCAGAAGAGCCACGAGCUGGAGCAGAAAGGGAAGUGCAACGAACAGCUGUCCGACGAGCUUGCACAGAAGAGCACGCUUCUGUCCACUGUGGAGCAGGAUCUGGCAACACUGCAGGAGAUGAGUGGCCAUCAUAAGAAGAGAUCUGGAGAGAUACUGGGUAUGCUGCUACGAGACCUCAGUGACAUCGGAGGCAUAAUCGGCACCAGUGACCUUAAGGCUAUGACGGAGGCGCAUGGUGCGAUGGAGGAAGAGUUCACCAUGGCGCGCCUGUACAUCAGCAAGAUGAAGUCGGAGGUGAAGUCACUGGUGAACCGCAGCAAGCAGCUGGAGGUCUCUCAGGCUGACACCAUGCACAAGAUGCAGGCCAGCGAGAAAGAGCUAGCCUCGUGUCAGCUCCUCAUCUCACAGCUUCAGGCCAAGAUAAAGUCCCUGACAGACUACAUGCAGAAUGUGGAGCAAAAGAAGAGGCAACUAGAGGAGAGCCAAGAUUCACUGAUGGAAGAACUGGCUAAACUGCAUGCUCAGGGAAAGAUGCAGGAGGUGUCUGCAAUUGACAAGGAGAAGGAGCAUAUGAGUAAGAUGAAGGAUGCUGAAGAGAUGAAGAAAGCUCUGGAGGAGCAGAUGGAGACUCACAGAGAGGCUCACCAGAAGCAGCUCUCCCGCCUCCGAGAUGAAAUCGAAGAGAAACAGAGGAUCCUGGACGAGCUGAAAGACCUGAACCAGGCUCUUCAGCUGGAGCAGAAAAAGCUCCUGUCCGAUUACGACAAACUCAAGGAGGAGGAACAGGAGAAGACUGAGAAGCUCCAGAAACUGGUUUUGCUGAAUGAGAAAAGGGAGCAGGCCAGGGAGGAUCUGAAGGGCCUUGAGGAGACUGUGGCAAAGGAGCUGCAGACUCUUCAUAAUCUGCGUAAAAUCUUUAUUGAGGACCUUUACACACGAGUCAGCAGAAGUGUAGAGUUGGAUUCAGAUGAGUCUGGAGGAAGCCUGGCUCAGAAACAGAAAAUCAUUUUCCUGGAGAACAAUCUGGAGCAGCUGACGAAGGUCCACAAGCAGCUGGUGCGCGAUAAUGCUGAGCUGCGCUGUGAGCUGCCCAAGCUGGAGAAGCGUCUGCGGGCCACGGUGGAACGUGUAAAAGCCCUGGAGGCGGCGCUCAGGGAAGCCAAGGAGAACAGCAUGAAGGACCGCAAACGCUACCAGCAGGAAGUGGACCGCAUCAAAGAGGCCGUCAGGGCAAAAAACCAGGCCCGUAGGAGCCACGUCGCACAGAUCGCCAAACCCAUUCGUGCUGGACACCAUCAUCCAGCUACCUCUGCUUCGCCAAACCAUGCCAAUAGAGGUGGGGUAGCAUCCAGCCCACGCCAUCAUCACCACCAUCAGAUGCAGCCAGUUCAACAGCACCACCACAGCAGCAAGUGAAUGACACAGAGAUGCUUGAAGAGAAAUGGCUUUUCCUUGGGCAUUCUGUCCUCCAUCUGUCCACAGGAUCACUCACCAUGGAGGGCCUUUCUGUUUCAGGAAAACCAGCACAACUGCUUUCACCUCUGAACCUCUAAACAUGUUGAGAACAUUCUGUCUUCAACAAUACCUCUUCUUCCUCAUCCUCUGGAGGACAGAUUCACUGGAUGUUUGACUUCGUGUUAUAUUAAACUGAUUCAAAGACAGCCACACGCAAAUAUACACUGACAUAGAAAUGACUAAUUGCCCAUUACAGAAAAGCAGUAUUCUUAUUCUGCUUCUCUUCUUCUUUCUUUCUCUCUCUGCCUCUCUCUUUUUCUCUCCCUCACUCUUUCUCUCUCCAUCUGUCUGUCUCUCUGUUGUGACUCCUUCAGUGAUCCAACAGUUAAAGCUGUUUUAAAAAGUAUUAAUACAAUUAUUUAAAAAACAACCCAAAUGUUCUGGUAGUUAUUGGCAGGCUGAGGUGAUAUAGCCAUGUGAUGAACACAUCCUUCCCCUUAGGUGUAACUUCAGGGAUAUUCUGAACUUCUUGUUAUUGGCAGCAACUCAGCUUGCUUUUAUUGCCUACUUAGGACAGGUAGAGACAUGACAAGUUUGUUUCAGAACUCAAACUUUGUUCCUUUAAGGUAUGUAUGUAUUACAUUUUUUAUACAGUGAGAAAUGUCAGUACUGAAUUUUGUACUUGGAUUUAUUUAUAUUUCUAAUACUUUAAGGAUUAUUUGUUUAAAUGUUUUUUUUAUUUUUUUUAUUUUUUUUCAUAUGCUUUGUCUACUGUACUUAUGAAUUCCCUUUGUCAGCAAUAUCUGCAGGCCUAGUUAUUUGUUUCUUUGUUUAUUACCAGUGUUCAGUAUUUAGGCAGUAAAACACGUGACGGAUCAUACACAAAUAAAGAUGCCUGAACUACAUGUUAUGGUGACCAAAACAUUAAUAAUGUAUAGUUUAAAGGUAAUAGUCAACAUGCUAAUAUGUGCUCAUGGCUAGAUUUUGGGUUGGUAGUGUUUUAUGGAAAAUAAUGUUUUUUGAAUGCUUCCUUGGAGAUGUUGUUGCUUUGAUGCUGACCGUUCACUCAGUUCAUCAAGCAAUGAUCCAGGAGUCCAGGAUAAAGAGUAAAAAGUUUAGUUAUAAUAUUCUGUGUCAUAUUUCCAUUAGAUUUUCAGAUUUAUUAUCUUCCUCACAAUGGCAUGCUGACUAGUCACUCAGCAUCUGACCGAAGGGAAGAUCAGAUAAAGCCAUUCUGUUGUAUUAAAACAUUAUGUUGUGUUUGAACUUUUCUUUUUAAACUUUUUUUUUUUUUUACAUUGUCCAUUUUGGCAGUUGUCAUACUGACUACCAGUUGUCUCACUACCAAAUGAGGCUAAUGCACAGAAACCUGUUUUCUGAACUGGCACAUAGUUCUUGAUUUUCUUCCUUUGACUGUGUUUACUGAGUUCAGGAGUGACAUACUUCUGCCUAUCUUAGAAAACAUUACAAAAAUACUUUUUUGUAUGUUGUACCCAUGCGUUUUAUACUCAUGAGCUGAGUACCUCAAGUAAAAAACAAACCUUAUUAACAAGGUUAAUUCUUUCAACUGAAGCACCUAGAGGCACCUAGUGAGUGGUGCAACACACAUAUGAUAGUGGUGUUCCUGUAUAAUGGUGUAAAGUGUUACAUGCUGUCUCUCUCUAAUAAUAUGUUUUUAUAUUUCUCUGCUGUAUCCAUGGUCUUUCUAUGGCAAAUCUGUGGUUAUGACUCUGCACACACAGGUCUGCUAAUUUGUGUGAUAUCACAUUCCUCUGCCUCCAGUGUUUCAUUGCUGUAAUGUGAUGUUGUUUUUAAUGCUAACCUAGUGCAUUUCAGAGCCAUGAACUGAGCAUCUGAUACACAUUUAGCUGAAAAGUAUGUAAUCUUUUGACAAACCUCUCUGAUUUAUAAGGGGAGACCACGUGAUUUGCAAUGUAUUUAACUACAUAAUGCAAAUUCAGCGAUGAGGGAUCAAUUAUGGAAAUAAAUGUUAGCAACUUUUA